AUGAGGAACCACCAGCCCCUCUACGGGAAUGAGGUAGAGACGAGGAACCACCAUCCACUCUAUGGGAAUGAGGUAGAGAUGAGGAACCACCAGCCCCUCUAUGGGAAUGAGGUAGAGACGAGGAACCACCAGCCCCUCUACGGGAAUGAGGUAGAGAUGAGGAACCACCAUCCCCUCUAUGGGAAUGAGGGAGAGAUGAGGAACCACCAUCCACUCUACAGGAAUGUGGUAGAGAUGAGGAACCACCAUCCACUCUAUGGGAAUGAGGUAGAGAUGAGGAACCACCAGCCCCUCUACGGGAAUGAGGUAGAGACGAGGAACCACCAGCCCCUCUACGGGAAUGAGGUAGAGAUGAGGAACCACCAUCCCCUCUAUGGGAAUGAGGGAGAGAUGAGGAACCACCAUCCAAUCUACAGGAAUGUGGUAGAGAUGAGGAACCACCAUCCACUCUAUGGGAAUGAGGUAGAGAUGAGGAACCACCAUCCCCUCUAUGGGAAUGAGGUAGAGAUGAGGAACCACCAUCCCCUCUAUGGGAAUGAGGUAGAGAUGAGGAACCACCAUCCACUCUAUGGGAAUGAGGUAGAGAUGAGGAACCACCAUCCCCUCUACGGGAAUGAGGUAGAGAUGAGGAACCACCAUCCACUCUAUGGGAAUGAGGUAGAGAUGAGGAACCACCAUCCACUCUAUGGGAAUGAGGUAGAGAUGAGGAACCACCAUCCCCUCUACGGGAAUGAGGUAGAGAUGAGGAACCACCAUCCACUCUAUGGGAAUGAGGUAGAGAUGAGGAACCACCAGCCCCUCUAUGGGAAUGAGAUAGAGAUGAGGAACCACCAUCCACUCUAUGGGAAUGAGGUAGAGAUGAGGAAUCACCAUCCCCUCUACGGGAAUGAGAUAGAGAUGAGGAACCACCAUCCCCUCUAUGGGAAUGAGGUAGAGAUGAGGAACCACCAUCCACUCUAUGGGAAUGAGGUAGAGAUGAGGAACCACCAGCCCCUCUAUGGGAAUGAGGUAGAGAUGAGGAACCACCAUCCCCUCUACGGGAAUGAGGUAGAGAUGAGGAACCACCAUCCACUCUAUGGGAAUGAGAUAGAGAUGAGGAUUAUAAAAACAGCUUCUCUUUUCCAAGAGGAGUUUUCCAUUAAGAGUAGAGAUAUACUGUAA